GGAAUGGGCCAUGUUGGAGGGUCUGCAGCCGCAGCAGCAGCUGGGAUCGGACAGGGAGUGUGCACUCACCACGCACAGGCUCUUAGCGAACGGAUGCGCCCGUCACUGUGGUCCCCGGGGACAGCUGGGUGGGUGCCCCAGGUGUGCCAGAGAUGGAUCCCGGGACGGACGGGACCGGCAGAGAGCUCCCCCCGCUGGUGGCCGUGGACCCUGCUAGAGACCGGCGCCGGGGGUCACAGACAGCGCACGGUGGAGGAAGGGGAAUGUAUCGGGGUGCGGGAUGUACAGACAGACGCCAAGCUCGAGUCCCGCCUCUAGAGGCGGUGCUGACAUAUGCAAGAUUUGUUGGUGCACCCCUGAAAUUAAAUCCUGUGGAUUAUACCUGGGCAUGUCCUCGAGGGUCUGUGCCCAUACUAACGUCGAAUGGGAAAGUUAUUACCCAGCCAACAAACAUUUUAAACUUUUUUAGGAAACAGAAAUAUAAUGCUGAUUAUGUGCUAUCGGCAAGAGAAGGAUCGGAUACACUGGCAUAUAUUGCACUACUUGAGGAGAAGCUGCUGCCCGCAAUGCUGCAUACAUUUUGGGUUGAUGAUGAGAAUUAUUCCAGUGUGACACGGCCCUGGUACGCUUCACGGACUCCUUUCCCGCUGAGAUUUUACCUGCCUGGUAAGAUGUCCAGAGAAGCUUUGAAUAGGAUCCUGGUGACCAGGGGAGAGCCACCCCUGUAUAGGCUGAAUGAGGUGGAAGCUCAGAUUUAUAAAGAUGCCAAGGAAUGUCUGAAUCUCCUCUGCAACAGACUCGGAACAUCGCACUUCUUUUUUGGAGAAAUACCUACUUCCCUGGACGCCUUUGUGUUCGGCUUCCUGGCCCCUCUCUAUAAGGCUAAUCUGCCCAAAGUCCAGUUACAGCAGCAUUUGAAGCAGCUUCCCAACCUGUGUCAGUUCUGUGACCACAUCCUCGGUGCCUAUUUCUCACAGAGCCCUGAAGGCACGUCUUCUUCUGGCCUGGAAACGGUAGACGCAAACUUGCAGAAACUCACACAGCUUGUAAAUAAGGAGUCCAACCUAAUAGAAAAGAUGGAUGACAAUCUCCGGAGAAGCCCACAGAACCGCCCCCAGACCUUAACAACACUACAGCCUACAGCUUCGGUUGACGCCAGAAAGUCUCCCCAGCUCCUCACACCGUGACUAUGCGUGUGACUGGCAUGCGCUGCUAAACAAUUGUAGCCAGGAAGUGUUGUCUGUUCUGCCUUAUGGCUGCUUGUGGUAAGGGGGACACCUGUUCUUAAAUCGUGUACUUUGCAAACAUUUAUAUGGGAUCAUGAGUGAAGUGCAAUAAUGCACCCUGAUCAUUAAACCUUCCCUGUACUAUAAAGCGCUAGGCUAUUAUACAGAAUUACCUGUAAAAAAAAAAAGGACUUUACAAAUGGUGGCGUUUAUUAUUAAAGAGUAAUGGUUUUAAGUAAUGAUCUGUGGCUUCCCAGCUAUUGGGAUAAGUAGGAACGUCUCGUACUACAAAGGGCUGGGGAGUCAGUGGUUCUGUAAUCCUGGCUUCAGCAUUCUAGAACUGUAUAAAGUAAAAAAAAAAAAAAGUUGUGAUUUACGUUUAGAUGAUAAAUUUGCACGGACUCAUCAUUUCCACAAUAUUUUUUUGGAACAAAUAAGACCUACACGUAUAACUUAAAGAGAAAUGUACACAGAUAUAUUAUUUAAUAAAGGUUUUAGUUAAA